CAGUAGGCACAACAACAACAACAACAACAACAACAACAACAACAGCUGCAGAAGGCCAAACAACGGUUCAUGUUGCAGCAACUGCAGCAGCAGAGGGGCAAGUGGGGCCUCAGGGGCUACACCCAGAAGGAGGACUUGAGUGGCUCCGACGAUGAGGAUGACGGUGAGGACGAGGACGACGAUGAGGACGAGUACGAAGAUGAGGACGGCGAAGAGGUGGAGCAGGGGGGCAACAAGAUGAUGUUGUUAGUGGUGCAACAACAGAAGCAUCAGCAGGGGGGCAGGGGGGCCCACGCGUACAACAACCGGGAGGAGGACUUCGGCAGCUCCGACGACGAGGAUGACGACGACGAGGAGCAGGGAGGCCACAAGAUGAUGAUGCUGAUGCUAGAAGAGCCGCAGCAGCACAAGGGGGCCCGCCAGCGGGAGUAUCACUCCUGCCGUAGGUGCGGCAAACAGCAGUGCAGGUGCGCCAACCUCAGGCGCGCCUACUGACUCCAUAGGUACGUGCAUGCAUGGUGCAUGACUACUUACAUAUAUAAAUUAUGGUACGUAUCUUGUGUGCAUGCAUGCGCAGCCUCGUCCGUGGAAGCCAAGCAUGGUGAACUGCAAUUUAAAUUCCUCAUAGUAUGUGCAAACUAAAUCUAAGUAAAUUGUACUCUCGAUGUAUGGACGAUGCUCUGCAUUCACCGUAUUGUAUACGGUUGUGUAUGGUACUGAAGGUAAAUAAAUCCUACUUAUGUGUGUGUAUACCAAGCUUAAAUUUGCUUUGCUUGAUG